GUAUUGACAACGAGUGAGAGCGUUGCGUUGCGGCGAUGCUCACUGCCUGCUAGUACGGAAUAAAAUACGAUUCGGUAGUGACGUUCAAAGAUUUUUUUCUUCUUGAAUAAAAAAUCUGGAUCUGUCAAAUCGCGCGCCAAUUUUAAAUAAGGAAUCCAGUGAAAAGUUUUUAAAAUUAUUUUUAAUUGUGUUGUUCGGUGAUUAAUAUAUUUUUUUUAAAUAAUACUGUGUUAGUUUUCUGUACAGUCAUACAAAAGUAAAAGGAGGUGAAACGCUUGUAAAUCGAUAAAAAAUGCGAACACACUAGAGACACCUGCGUGUGCGCGGCCAUCCAAGAUGGCGACGCGCAGUGCCGCUGUGGUAAUCGAACGGGCCUGCAAAUACUAUGGCUCCCAAGACAAGCCAGACUACAAACCGGUGCUUACGCAUUUGGAUAUGACAGUUGAAAGAGGCACUAUAUACGGACUUCUAGGGCCAUCGGGUUGCGGCAAAACAACACUCCUCUCCUGCAUAGUUGGUAGACGGAAAUUAAAUAGCGGGAGUGUGUGGGUAUUGGGGGGAAAGCCGGGAGAAAGAGGAAGUGGCGUACCGGGUCCCAGAGUAGGAUACAUGCCUCAGGACAUAGCGUUAGUUGGCGAAUUCUCAGUUCGAGAUGCUGUCUACUACUUCGGGAGAAUAUAUGGCAUGAAGGAUGACAAACUCAGAGAGCGGUUUGCCUUCCUCUGCGAGCUACUAGAACUAGCUGAUGAAGGGAGACUGAUAAAAUCCCUUUCUGGAGGACAACAGAGGAGGGUAUCCCUGGCUGCAGCAUUAGUCCAUGAUCCGGAACUAUUGAUUAUGGAUGAACCAACUGUAGGCUUAGAUCCUAUGUUAAGAGAAAAAAUUUGGGAGUUCCUCUCAGAAUUGGCAAGAAGAGGCAAAACCGUCAUCAUAACGACGCAUUAUAUCGACGAAACCAAACAAGCCCAUAAGAUUGGUCUCCUCCGAGAUGGUCAACUUUUGGCUGAGGAAUCCCCCGAGGAGUUGAUGCGCAAAUUUGACUGUGACACCUUGGAGGAGGCAUUUCUGAAACUGGCGCUCAGGCAGGACCAUCUGCCACCUAGACGACAGUCGGCAUUAACAAUGUCCCCGGAUGUAAUACCAGAAAGAAGCAUAGCUGGCAGCCAGUACUCCUCAAGGGAGACCUUCAAUGUCAUCACAAGCAGUACAGACAUAUUAACUAAGGAUGAGAAACCAAAAGACUGUAACAGUAAAUCUAAGGCUCGCUAUAAGGCUGUAUUCAUCAAGAGUAUACAGCAAUUCUCUAGGCAUCCCGGUGGACUGAUCUUCUCCGUGCUAUUCCCCAUCAUCCAAGUGGUGGCGUUCUUCUCCGCAAUCGGUCACGAUCCUAGAGAUCUGAACAUCCCUCUUAUAAACGACGAGGCAGUUUUCUCCCCAUAUGGUCUAAAUGUAUGCAGAAAUAGUAGUCUACAACCAAUCAUACGGCUAGAAGACGAGAUCUGCGAGUUUGAUAUGAUAAGUUGUUGGUUUAUUGAAGAGAUGGAGAAAAAACUACUAUAUCCUUUGCCUUAUAACUCGACCGAGGAAGCAAUAAACUCAGUGAGCCGGGCGAAGUAUUACGGCGCGAUGCACAUUAAUCGGAACUUCAGUGAAGCGCUCGCCAUCAGACUGCGGGACAGCGACGCCAAUGAUGAUGUCAUCAAGGACAGUAAUAUCGAAGUAUGGAUAGACACCAGCAACUUUCAGAUAUCAAACUUCAUAAAGACGCAAAUGAUGAAAGCUUACAAGGACUUCAUCAAACGAACUAUGAUUGCUUGCGGCAAAAAUGAGGGUAUAGCACAGCUACCAAUAAAGUUCCACAAGCCCAUCUAUGGAGAGAACGACGCACAAUUCCAGAGUUUCAUGGCACCAGGUAUUAUGAUCACGAUAAUAUUCUUCCUGUCUGCGGUGGUGACCUCGACGUUGAUGAUCAGCGACAGGCUAGAAGGCGUGUGGGAGCGCAGCGCGGUGGCUGGCGUCAAGCCCAAGGAGAUGCUCAACGUUCACAUCAUAUUGCAGUCCGGAGUUAUACUAUUGCAGACAAUAGAGAUGAUGGGUCUAGCGUUUUUGGGUUAUGGACUCCAUUCCCAAGGAUCGCUCCUGACCUGUGGCAUCCUGCUGUUCCUGCAAGGACUCUGCGGAAUGUGCUACGGAUUCCUUUUGUCCAUAUAUUGUGGUAGUUACACCAUGUCCUACUUUGUCGCCACAGGAAGCUUCUAUCCCAUGAUUUUAUUGUGUGGUAUCCUUUGGCCCUUGGAGGGCAUGUCGACAGCGUUAAGAUACAUUGCCCUCACUUUGCCCUUCACAAUCCCCUCCAAGUCCCUUCGGGAUAUCACGGAAAAGGGGUACUCCAUUGCCGACCCAUCGGUGUACCAUGGAUUCUUGGUGACGUUAGCGUGGAUCGUGAUAACGUUGAUGCUGUGUCUAAUCAGACUGAAAUAUAAGAAAAUGUAAUGUCUAAAGACUUUAAAUUUGUAUAUAGAAUGGUAAAUUGUAGAUAAAAUUGAGUGUAAUUCCGAAAUCAGCCAAAAUCAAAAAUCAGUAUAAAGAUCAUUGUUUCUCGUAGAUUUAUUUAUAGAUUAUUUGCUCUAUUUGCAGAAAAUAAUCAUUAAAUUUUUUUUUUUAUAUAACUGACCUACCAGUGAACAUGACAAAUCAAGCAAUAUUAUCUAUUCUGUAAUAAAUGACGUUAUUUUAAAAUUGAAAUAAGUAGAUAGGUAUUAUUAAAAGGUAAAAAUCAUAAAACCGCAUAGCGUAGAGGUUACGGGUUUAAACACCGCCCAAUUCGAAUUUAUUCAAUCGUGAUUUUCAUAUUUUAAUAAUAAAUAUUUUUUUAUAUACAUUUUAGUACAUAGACAACAUUAAUUUCAGAAACACGCUUAUUUUUAUUGGCAGUACCUAGUAAACUUCUUAAAUUCUUAUUCAAUAAUGGAUACAACAGAUUCAAUUAAAUAAGAGGUAUUUUAAACUUUUAAACCCAAAUCAGUUAUAUCAAUUCUUGUAAUAAAAAAAUUUGCCAAAAGCAUUUCAAAAUCGUGCCAAAUCUUAUUCACUACCGUCUUUACCGUGAUAUUUUAUAGUGUGUACGUAAAUAUAAGUACUUUGUGUGAAACUAAAUAAAUUGUGAUCCAUUAUCCUAACAUUUAAAAAAAUAAUAUGUGCAGCGUACGAGCACAGUAGGUAUAGAUAGUAAUAAUUAAAGAUUUUGUUCCACCAACACGAGUACCACUCUAACAAAUUUAGUAUGAAACCAAAACAGUAAUAAAUCGUAUAUAUUGCAAAACAAUCAUCAAAAGCAAUACAAACAGUAAAAGGAGAAAGAGAUCAGCUACUCACUGCUGGCGGAUGCCGGGCGUAGCCGUCUCGUUCUAAAAUGCAUUUAGCAGCGAAAACGUAUCUAUCUAUAUGUUCAUAUACCGCAUAUCUAAGUGGUUAAAUACUUUAGAAUAUUGUACAUGAACAUUACAUCCACACUAUGAUCUAUGUACCUACUGCUCUUGAUACCGGAAAAAAUGGUAGUGAAAUAAGUUGCGACAGCCACAACGAUAGCAUUUACAAUCAUUUUAUAUGUAUAUAUAUGAUGGUAUAUUUAUUUAGAAAACAAAUUAAAUGAAUCCCAAGUGCUCGUGAAUUUCACUACUAUAAGCCCUUAAGUUAGGUUAUAAAAAAUUGAGCAAAGCUCUAUCGGGUAGCAUGUAUAUAGCUUACUACAUUAUUUAGAUAUAGAAUAUAAAAGUUUAGAAAUAAAAUGAUCUUAGAGUAAUCCUCUUAUUUCACUACAGUAAGGAACUACAGCAGAAUCGUAGUCAAAUUUAUCUGUGGUCAAAUAAAACUUAUAGAGAUAAGAAAAUGGUAUUACGGAUGGAAUGGAUAAUAACAUAGGUACCUACGUUAAGUUUAGGGAACAGGGUGAACGAUUCUUCGUUUUCUUACAUAUCAAUAAUUAAAUAUUGUAUCCCACAAAAAGAAACUACUUCAAUUGUGACAAAAUCAGUUAUUUUGAUUUAGAAACUAAGCUACUUAACCGAUAUUGAUAUAAUUUCUAUGAAAACAAUCAGUGAGUACUUAUAUUUUUUUCUCAGGAAAAAAAUCCAAAUCGGUUUAGAACUGACGGAGUUAUGAGGUAACAAAUAUAAAAAAAUACAACCAAAUUGAGAGCCUGAAGUCGGCUGAAAGUAAAAGAAGUUUUAAGCUUUGUUAAAACAAAUUCAAUUACACUGUAAAAUUUGUUCUACCGCUGGAUAGAGUUCUUGACUUUUUAUAGGAUAUUGACUUAUAAAACUAUGCUGAUUAGGUAACUUGGAGGUUUUAUUUCUCUUUAAUGUAUCAUAUAAUAUUACGGAAUUCUUGGGGAUAAAAAAGAUUUGUGGUUGUGACACAUAAUAUUCCUAUUUCAUCACCAUACGUGAUUAUCCCUGAGGCAAACUAGACGUCUGCCUAGAGGCGUGAGGUUACAAAGAGGCGCGCACACGGAGUUUUAAAACAAAUAAAAAAAAUGUGUUAAUCGAACUUCCCUACACAAUAUUAAAGAUAUAUUUAUACAAUUUAGUCAAACAUUGACAUAGCCUUAAGAAUAUGCGUAUCGACGGCAAUCAGCAAUUGCAGUGGUGAAAAAAUUUUUACCUCUAGUAUGAAAAUGUAUUUUUCUAAUUUUUUUUAACAAUUGUUAUUGAAUGUGAUUAGUAUCAAUUUUUAAAUCAAUAAUUCAUAACUUCAAUCAUCAAUGUUUACUACUACUAGUACCCAUUAAAAUUUAUAAUAUAUGGCCCACUAGAGGGGCGCCGAUGAGGUGCUCUUAACAUUUAAUCCGCUUCUGAUUGGCAGUAUAUUACUGCUAGUAACUUAAAGGAUGAGUGGGCUGUAUUUUACAUGUGUAUUAAAUGACUUGAUUAUAGUUAUUCACAAUUGAAUACAUUAAAACAAUGUUCAACAAAAUUAGUAUUUACUAUUUUAGUUGGUUUUUAACCAAUUACCAGUUAUUUUGUCACUACCGUCUAAUGUAAGGUAGAUAAGUACUCGCGUGAUACAAAUUGUGAUUUGUGAGUAUUUAUGAAUAAAAUUUUAAAAACUGUUAUAAA